AUUUUCAUGAUUUACUCCUCUGAUCACACUGCAGUUGCUUGAUAUUCUUAACUCGAUUUUAAUAUAAACAAAAGGCACGUGCAGGAUUAACCGCUGCCUGCUGCACAUGGCAAGUGCCGCGAAGCAAGCCAAGAUGACGGCCGACAAGGAGAUGGUGAUGCCAGCAGUCGACCACUGUGCCCAUUGGGUACAGCGGAAGAAACGCUAUUGCAAAAUGACGCCAAACAAGGAGAGUUUAUUUUGUGGAGCUCACCAGCAGCCAGGAGAGAAAUCCCCGGAAGACGAUCCCCAAACGGAGAGAAUACCCUGCCCACUGGACCCCAAACAUACGGUAUUCAAGCGAAAGCUAGCCAAACACUUGAGCAUUUGCAAUGCCAGAGAUCAGAGCAGCAAUUUUCCCUAUUUGGUGAAGGAUAUCAAUGCUGGCGAGGAGCUGGAGGCUCAGUUGGAGACUGAACUGGAGCUCAAGCUGCAUGAGCUUGAGGAUGCCGAGUUUUAUGGCGUUAUAAAGAAAGUAAAGCAUCUUUAUGACACGCACAUUGCGGGCAAUAUUGAGCAACUGCAGUUGGAGCAUCCUUCCCUCGAGGAGCCGCUGAGCCACAAGGAAUACGGGCCGGAGGCACGCAAACAUCUCGUGCAGACAUCCGCACUGCUGGGCAUACUCGAGCGGGACAAGCAGCUAGCGGAGCAUACCAGCUACAUAGAAUUUGGUGCUGGCAAAGGACAAUUGGCUUUUUAUUUGGCGACGGCGUUGGAAUCACAGCAACUGAAGCAUUCUCAGGUGGUGCUCGUGGAUCGCCUGUCGCUGCGCCACAAGAAGGACAACAAGCUGACCAACAAGCAGCAGGUGCAACGCAUUCGCGCCGAUAUCGCUGACCUAAAUCUUACCCAGCUGCCCGAAUUGCAACGCACCCAGCGCCAUGUAGCGCUAUCGAAGCAUCUGUGUGGCGCAGCCACAGAUUUGACAAUACGUUGCAUACUUGGUGAUGUGGCAUGCCACACCAACUACAUUUUAAUUGCGUUGUGCUGUCAUCAUCGCUGCUCCUGGCGCUCCUACGUGGGCAAGUUGUGGCUGCAGGCUGCGGGAAUCUCCCGCCGAGAAUUCACCAUAAUUGCUAAGAUGGUCAGCUGGGCGGUUUGUGGCAGCGGUUUGAGUCGUGAGCGUCGCAAAGCCAUCGCCGAGGCCAAGGAGGAGCAAUCCAGGGAGGAGGAGGAAGAGCAGCUGCCCCAAGUGGAAGCCACGCAGCGAUUGAGUCGCGAGGAGCGUGAAACAAUUGGCUAUCAGUGCAAGCGUGUCCUGGACCAAGGCCGUCUGGAGCAUCUCAAGGCACAUGGCUACGAGGCAUCCUUGAAAUUCUAUGUGCCCCGAGAAGUAACUUUAGAAAAUGUUGUCCUUUUGGCAAAGCGGGAAAACACUAAGUGCAAUUUAAAUAAAAGCUGAUUUUGCUUACUUGA